GAACUACAAUAUGAAUGGGAUGGAGAAGACACUUGCAGAACUGCAUCAGAUGCUCAAAACUGCUGAGGUGAAUAUACCCAGCAAGACUGCACCAGUGCUGAUGAUCAAGGAGGGUCAUGUUAAGAAACCUAACACCAAGAAAAAGGGCAAUCAGGGCAAAGGCAAAUUAGUUGGAAACAAGAAGCCUCAGAAGGAUGCCAAGUGUUUUCAUUGUAAUGAAAUUGGGCACUGGAAGAGGAACUGUGCUAAGUAUUUAGCUGAACUGAAGCAAGCCAAGGCUUCAGGAGGAGAGUCCUCAGGGACUAAGAAAGAUUAAGAAACUGAAACAAGGCGACUUGGAGGUCCAUGUUGGCAAUGGACAAAGAGUUGCUGUGAAGGCGAUUGGAGAAUAUGUUCUUUUACUUCCUUCUGGUUUAGAACUUGUUUUGAACAAUGUUUAUUUUAUUCCUAGUGUUACUAGAAAUAUUGUUUCGGUUUCUGCUUUGCAUGGACAAGGUUUCAAUUAUCAUUUUAAUGGUGAAUUUAUUUCUGCUUA